AUAGCGAAAAUGUGGAAAAUAUACAUUUACCAUUUUAAUUCUACUUACAAAAGCAUUUUAAAAAUAUAAAAAAGAAGAGGAGAAAAAUUAAAUUAAGAAGAAAAGUAGUAUAUUAUACAGUCGAAGUUGUUUUACAAAAAAAAAAAAAUUAUACAGUUGAAGAUAGCAAAUCCUACCAAAAUUUUUCGGUGGCAAAUCAAUAUUGUAAAAAAAAUAUAAAAAAAAAAUAUAUAUAUAUAUAUUGUAAUAAAACACUAUUAUUUUCACCGAAAAAUAAAUAACUAGUAACUACCUAAUAGUUCGUUAUGGGGCGUAAUCAUUUUGAUCAUUCACACCAAAUAACUUUCUCAAUGAAAUCUAGCCGUCCGUUUUUACAUUCAUAAACAAUUGACCUAGUUGAAGUAACGGUCCAGAUCUCGCUUACAUUCCUGGAGAAUUAUAAGAGUAAAAGAAACGGCGCCCUACUCCUGUAUUUGAUCACCACCUGAAAACCCUUAUAGUUUCGAGAUUCCACCAACCAUGUCAAGAGUCGUGGUUCUCCCUCUCGCUGUUUAUCUUCUCCUAUUUGUUUCAACGACUGCUCGAGCCACCGAUGUCCAAUACUGUGAGGAGAAUGCAGAGUACGAAGUAAAAGUGAAAGAGGUUGAUAUAUCUCCUUAUCCUAUAGCUCGAGGCGAGCCAGCUACCUUUACCAUCUCUGCCACCACAGGCCGUGUGAUCUCGGGUGGGAAGUUGGUGAUUGAAGUUACGUACUUCGGAUGGCACGUUCACUCUGAGACGCAUGACCUUUGCACUCAGACUACUUGUCCUGUUGAGACCGGAGAUUUCUUGGUUGCACACUCUCAAGUUCUUCCUGUCUAUACUCCUUCAGGUUCUUACUCGCUGCAAAUGAAGAUGAUUGAUGCGCAGAAUAAGGAGUUAACGUGCUUUAGCUUCUCUAUCGACAUUGGAUCCGCACCAUCUGUGGUCGCCGACAUGUAGAGAAAAUUCACCUGGGCGAAUACUGUUAAUCGCUUUAUUUGCCACUGUAUAAAUAGUUUCUUAGAUUUGGUUAUUUUCUACCUCUUAUCAGUUAUGCUAGAGCUGGAUUUUCUUCUUUUUUCAUCAUUAAUAUAGAUAUAUAUAUACACAU